AACAACUCCUGCUUGAACGCAUUGAUCCGACCAAGGUUGCUGUUCUAGAGGAAAAAUCCAAGUCCACCACCCCACGAACGAAGAAGAAUGAAGAAAAGAGCUCGGAAUCAUCUACAGGAUCCCGUCAGACUCCAUCAGCGCAGGCUAGUGAGGAGCCUACGGUCGUGGAACUCAAGCCGAUUCCAACCUCUACCUUCCUCAUCUCUAUCUUCGCUCGCAACUUCUAUCGCUUCAAGUUGUGCGCUCUCAUCCUCGCCUUUCUCAUAAACUUCCUCCUCCUGUGCUACAGGGUAUAUUGCGACUUUUUGUUCUUUUCUCGAUUAAAAUGGAUUAGCCAACCAAGCAAAAUGAUUUAA